UUAACAUCACAGUCACUGCCUGUUUUUCUUAAUAUACUGUUAUUGUGAUCCUAGAAAUUAAACACAAUAGAUUCUCGAUUGUUCUUUUUUCAAGUCCAAAUGACAGUGUUAAAGAUUCUGUAGGCUGAUAUUACUGAAUUUGCACAUAUUUGACAGUAAGUUGUCCUGCGGAUGAAUUUUAGAUGAUAUUCUGCAGUUUUAUAGUGCGGACUCUUAGGGCCGCUGUUGACCAGAGUGUUGAGGACUGAGACCAUGUUUGUAGCAGCACCGCCCAUGUAACAUCGACAUUAUGAAGAGGGAACACGACGCACAAAGAUCGAGCGAUUCUGAUCAAGGAGGAUAAAUACUGAAGAAAGAUUUUUAUUUUGGAGCGAUUUGCUUUCGCUGACCGGAAUAUACACUUAGGUUUUGACUUUUGAAUACAUAUCUUCUGUUGUGUGGAAUAUAGGUUGUGAAUCCACGUUGAGUGAGAAAUCUGACAGAACAAUGAAACGGCAGGUACUGCUGUUUGUCUCUUUCCUUUCCCUCGGCCCAGUCUUCGGGCAGGUCAGUUACUCGAUUCCGGAGGAAAUGACUAGAGGCUCUUUAGUUGGAAGUAUAGCACAGGAUUUAGGUUUAGAAAUUAAACGUUUAAUAUCAGGAAAAGCCAAGAUCUAUAGCAGAAAUAGCGACCAAUACAUCGAGCUGAAUAGAGAAAGAGGAGUCCUCCUCAUCAAGGAGAGAAUAGACAGAGAGGCGCUGUGCACAGAGAAAGCGCUUUGUGCUUUGGAUUUUCAGAUCCUUUUGGAGAAUCCGAUGGAAUUUUAUACGGUUACAGUCCAGAUCAUAGACAUCAAUGAUAAUGCACCAACCUUUGAAAAACACGAAAUGCAUUUCAAAAUUAGCGAGUCAGCCGCAACAGGAGCAAAAUUCGACCUGGAACGGGCUGUGGAUCUGGAUGUUGGUAUUAAUGAUCUCCAGAAAUACGAACUAAAACCAACUGACAAUUUUGGUCUAAAACUGCACAGUAACCCUGAUGGACACAAAAACGUUGAGAUGGUACUGUUGAAACCUUUAGACAGAGAGAAACAAGAGCAGAUCAGUCUCGUGUUAACAGCUGUAGAUGGAGGGGAGCCACAGAUGUCUGGAACAAUGCAGAUUCUCAUUACAGUUUUAGACGUUAAUGAUAAUGCGCCGGUUUUUACACAGAAAACAUACAAAGCUACAGUCACUGAGAAUUCACCUAAAGGAACAGUCGUUGCUACUGUUACAGCGUCAGACGCUGAUCAAGGCUCUAACAGUAAAAUAACAUAUUCAAUCACAAAUACGUUAGACAAUGUCCGGAAAAUGUUUUAUGUAAAUGAGGAAAACGGGCAAGUUUCAUUAAUUGAAACCAUUGACUUUGAAAAGUCAAAACGUUUUCAAAUAAAUCUCCGUGCUAAUGACGAUGGAGGACUAACAGACUCAUGUAAGCUGAUUGUUGAUGUUCUCGAUGUAAACGACAAUAAACCUGAAAUCAACAUAAUGUCCAAAUCAACUGUGAUAUCAGAGGAUGCCAAUCUCAACACAGUAGUAACAAUGAUAAAUGUUGAGGACUUAGAUUCCGGAGACAGUGGGGUCGUGAAAUGUUUACAAGAAAAUACCAUUUAUUAUAAAAUCAUCACAAAUAAUUUCUAUACCUUAGUAACAGACAGUGAUUUAGACAGAGAGAGAGCCUCUGAGUAUAACAUCACUGUGACCUGCUCUGAUGAGGGAGUGCCCUCCCUCUCCAGCAGCGUCACUCUCACCUUACAGAUCUCAGACGUUAAUGAUAACGCACCUGUCUUUGAGAGGAGCUCAUAUGAGGCCUACAUUGUAGAAAACAACACACCAGGUCUCUCUAUAUUCACAGUCAAAGCCACAGACGCUGACUGGAACCAGAAUGCCCGUGUUUCUUACAUACUGGAGGACUCCUCCGUUAACGGAGUGCCAGUCUCCUCGUAUGUGUCCGUUAGUGCUGAUAGUGGAGUCAUCCAUGCAGUGCGCUCUUUUGACUACGAGCAGAUCAAAGAUUUCCACUUCCGCGUAAAAGCGCAGGAUGGAGGCUCUCCUCCACUCAGCAGCAACGUGACUGUGAAAAUAAUGAUCCAAGACCAGAACGACAACCCCCCUCAGGUUCUGUACCCAGUCCAGACUGGUGGCUCUCUGGUGGCUGAAAUGGUGCCUCGUUCAGCAGAUGUGGGCUAUCUGGUGACUAAAGUGGUGGCUGUUGAUGUGGACUCUGGACAGAAUGCCUGGCUCUCCUAUAAACUGCAGAAAGCCACAGACAGGGCGCUGUUUGAAGUGGGCUUACAGAAUGGAGAAAUCAGAACUAUCCGCCAAGUCACUGAUAAAGAUGCUGUCAAACAAAGACUGACUGUUAUAGUGGAGGACAACGGGCAGCCCUCUCGUUCAGCUACAGUCGUUGUUAACGUGGCGGUGGCGGACAGCUUCCCUGAAGUGCUGUCGGAGUUCACUGAGUUGACACACGACAAGGAGUACAAUGACAACCUGACUUUUUACUUAGUCUUGGCUCUGGCUGUAGUUUCCUUCCUCUUCAUCACGUGUUUAGUGGUUAUUAUAUCAGUCAAAAUCUACAGGUGGAGACAGUCUCGCAUCCUGUAUCACUCCAACCUGCCUGUCAUUCCAUAUUAUCCACCACGUUACUCAGACACUUUGGGGACAGGGACUCUGCCACAUGUGUACAAUUACGAGGUGUGCAGGACGACUGACUCCAGAAAGAGUGACUGUAAGUUCGGCAGAGCUGGUAGUCAGAACGUGCUGAUAAUGGACCCCAGUUCUACAGGAACGAUGCAGCGGAUACAGAGUGAAAAGAGCAUCCUGGAUGAACCAGACUCUCCUCUAGAGGUCAGUUAUGAAUGUGGCUUCAACUUUAUGUCACAAUGUCUUUUUAAAUGAUUCAGUAUCCGACUAUACUGUUGAAAUCAUCCUGCUAUUUUACCAAACCAUCGAUCUUAUAUAUAAUUUACAUUUUUAGUCACUGAUGACCUAUAGAACUAUAAAGGGGAAUUACUUUACCGUUGUGAAAUUGUACGCUAAGUCUUCUCUAAGCUUUCGUGCAAAAGGUUUUAAUGCUAAUUAUUUUAAAUUGUUUCUAUAUUACAUAUUGUUAUAUGAAACGGUGAAUCAAUUUCUACUUAGUCCUUAAAUUUUCCUCUAAAAAUAUGAUGUAAUUAAACUUUAGUUAAAAUUAUUUAGUGACCUCUUUUCUUAUCGGUACCAGAAUUUUCAAUCAUUUAUUUCACUCUUUCAUAAGAUUUUGCUAAAGACAUUUGACUAAAUACUCAGCACUGACAAUGUUAUAAUUUAGUUAUACUGUCCAGAAAGGGCAUAGCGUUUUAUUUAUUCUUUUUUUUCCUUCAUUUUUUUUUGUUUUGUUUUGUUUUCCUUAAUGUAAAACAGUGGUGCCCCCACUCAUCUUGAUCGUCUUGGAUAGUGAUUUCAGGACCGCAGACAGCGACACUAUUGAACUUAUUUGUACUGUUCUUGUAUUUUACAUAUCUUUUUAUUAUUCCUGUGGGAUUUUAUCUUCACAAAAUUUCCUUAUUUAAUACUUUGAGUAUGCUUUCACGGAAUCAUUUUCAUGACUGAUAAUUUUAAGAAAGAAAACACUGUUAGUUGGUUUGGCUUUAGCUCACGAGAUAGAGGAACUCAUGUAUCAAUGGGACGUGUGGUGUUGGAUCAGUAGCUUCUCCGGUCUGAGUGAAAAUUACCUUUGGACAAGAUAUUGAACCCUGAGCUUCUCCCGAUGCGUUCAUUGGAGUGUGACUGUUAGAAAUGUCUUAGCGCAAGAAAAAAAUGAAUAAAUGUGUGAAUGAAACAUGCUGGACAAGGGGUUUGAGUGUUAAAACAGGUGUUUUUUAAGCGUUUUGUAGAAACCAGUACAUUUACCAUUCACACUACAUUUGGAGCUAAUUUAUAUUGAAGUGAGGAAUCAACAGUGUUGAAGAAAUCUUUUGUUGUUUGUUUGUGGGUUGUUUUUUUUUUAAAUUUACGUUUCCCGUGAUAAACAUCUGUGAUUACAAGUCUUCUAUUAAGGAUUGCCUGACAGUAGUGUUCUGCAGUUUUGUUUUUUGAACUCUUAGGGCCGCUGUUGACCAGAGUGUUGAUGGCUGACAGUAGGGUUGCAACAGCAGCGUAUCUCACAUAAACGACCACAUAACGAGCACGGGGUACGACGAGAAAGAGCGGAUAUCUAGAUGCGCAGAAUAUCUGAUGACAAAGACGACAUUUAUUUUUUUAAUUUUCCGUUGUUCUGGGAGGAAUAUACCGCUAAAAGAUUUUUGUGUCUACCAGGAAUUGAACUCCU